AAAACACUGUGUUCAAUUUAGCUAUGAAGAAGGUUUAACAUGGGUACUAACUUUGAGUACAAGUAUGUAAAGCGCAUUUCAAAAUUUUGUUGGAACAAUUCUUUGUUUAGAUAAAUGUGCUGCUUUAUUUUUAGUUAUUUUCAGAAAAGGAAAUUAAUUAUAAGGUAGGCCUAAGCGCUUCAGACGACUUCAGGCACAUUAUUCAUUUGUCACAGCUUUCCAUUUAAUUUCAUUUUUCAUUAUUAUUAUUAUUAUCUUUCAUUAUUAUUUAUACACCAUUCUCACUUGCAAUAUUAAUGACAUUGUAUUAUCCAUGCACUGGUCUUAGAUUUUGCUAACUAUAAUUUAAUGUAAAUAGCCAGUAAUAGGCCUACAUUAAAAACAUUGUAAAAUUCUGCUUAUGAAAGUAAAUUAGAGUAUCGAGUGUUAAACAAGAUUAACUUUAAAAAGAAAAAAAGUUCAGCAACUCUUGAAAAUACAUUUAAACAUUAAAAAAACCCAACUAUGUACCGUAAGUAAAAUGUUUGAGACUUCUUGUGUUUUUAAUUUUUUCUCCCUCAUCACACCCCUGAUUUUACGAAAAUGAUUCAAAAGUUAUACUCAUUAGCAUGUCCGUGUGCUUGGUUUGGUUGGAGGGGGGGGGGGCACCCACCAUACCCUUGAAACUUCUAUUUGGAUGUCCCAUUACAGAGCAGUCAUAAAAUAAAUCUAUAGACUGUUGGUGUAUAUCCUCAUUCGCUUAUAUACAACUUGUCCGCAAGUUGAAUAUAAGCCAAAGGAUUAACACCAUGGUUGGUGUCACCCAAUGCUGUCAAUUCACGGUGUCACCCAAUGCUGUCAAUUCACGGUGUCACCCAAUGCUGUCAACUCACAAUGUCACCAAAUGCUGUCAACUCAGGAUGUCACCCAAUGCUGUCAACUCACGAUGUCACCCAAUGCUGUCAACUCACGAUGUCACCCAAUGCUGUCAACUCACGGUGUUUCAAAAUCCGCCUGCUUUGAUGUUACCCAGCUCUGGUAAAAGCUCGACACCAUGUUUUGGUGGCACCCUUUUCUGGUGGCAACCUGCCCUUAUAUUUCUUUGAUCGGAUAUGAAAAAGAACCACAUCGUCAGACCGGUCUCGUACGUCAGUCGUGGACAGGGUUUCUUUCAGCUGCAUCUCGGGGGGGGGGGGGGAGGGUUACUGCCCCCCCCCCCGGGAAAGCCAAGUGUCCCCCCCCCCGGAGCAAAAAUAUGUCCAACAAUAAAUCAACUGGCACUACCACCCCACCCCCCGAAAAAUCUGAAGUGCCCCUCCCGGGGGAAAAUUUCUGAAAUAAUCACUGGUCUUGGAUGCCGGUGAAAUACGUUGGAGCAAAAGACUUGUAUGUUCUACAUCUGUUCGAACUCACUAAUUGAUUCUGCGUAAGAAGGGUCUUCUGAAAAGUAGCGUCACAAGGGUGGUGGGGUGCUGACCGCACCGGGUGAUACCCUCAAAGCGGGUGUCACCAAAAGGAAAAGAUGGAUGAUGAUUCUGUUGUUUCUGACCUGAAACAAAAGUACAUACUCGUGACACACGAGCGUGCAGCUUAGACAACGUGACGAACUAGCAGCUCAGACAACGUGACGAACUAGAAGCUCAGACAACGUGACUAACUAGCAGCUCAGACAACGUGACGAACUAGCAGCUCAGACAAUAUGACGAACUAGCAGCUCAGACAAUAUGACGAACCAGCAGCUUAGACAAUAUGAUGAACUAGCAACUCAGACAAUAUGAUGAACUAGCAGCUCAGACAACGUGACGAACUAGCAGCUCAGAUAACGUGACGAACUAGCAACUCAGACAAUAUGACGAACUAGCAGCUCAGCCAACGUGACUAACUAGCAGCUCAGACAACGUGACGAACUAGCAGCUCAGACAACGUGACGAACUAGCAGCUCAGACAAUAUGAUGAACUAGCAGCUCAGACAACGUGAAUAACUAGCAGCUCAGACAACGUGACGAACUAGCAGCUCAGACAAUAUGACGAACCAGCAGCUCAGACAACGUGACUAACUAGCAGCUCAGACAAUAUGAUGAACUAGCAGCUUAGACAAUGUGACGAACUAGCAACUCAGACAAUAUGAUGAACUAGCAGCUCAGACAACGUGACGAACUAGCAGCUCAGAUAACGUGACGAACUAGCAACUCAGACAAUAUGACGAACUAGCAGCUCAGCCAACGUGACUAACUAGCAGCUCAGACAACGUGACGAACUAGCAGCUCAGACAACGUGACGAACUAGCAGCUCAGACAAUAUGAUGAACUAGCAGCUCAGCCAACGUGAAUAACUAGCAGCUCAGACAACGUGACGAACUAGCAGCUCAGACAACACGACGAACUAGCAGCUCAGACAAUAUGACGAACUACCAACUCAGACAAUAUGACGAACUACCAAUUAGACAAUAUGACGAACUACCAGCUCAGACAACGGAAUGAACUAGCAGCUCAGGCAAACAAUGAACAUGUCGACAAAAAGAACUUUUUCAGUGAACAAAGAAGUAGAGGUCGAGAUCACUAUCACUUUGAAGUUUUCUCUCGGACACAGCAUAAAAUACGUUGUUUUUUUUCUUCUUCAUUUUAGAACACAUAUUUAGAUCAAGCCUAUCAAUAAAAUUAUAGAUACUUCUAUGCAUACUAAAUUAAACCAAAACGACACUCAAAAAACCCAAGAAAACGAAUUGGCUAUUCGGUAACGUGUAUCAGAAUGAGAGGUUGGGUUUAAAAAAUAUUAAACAUAUUAUUGAUAGGUUCGUAAGUCAAAAUUUUGUAUCAAAUGAAAGAUGAUUGUUUGUAUAUGUUUGUCAACUUACUUAUUCAGUUUAACUAAAAUAAACGACCACAAAUGACAUACGAAUAGCGGCAUGACGGGUCCCUUUAGAAUUAAAUUCUAUUUCGGAUGUCAUUUGUGGUAGUUUAUUUUAGUUAGCGGGAAAUGUUGUGUUAACGAAUUUAGUGUACAUAAUAACGAAUAUUCCUAAUUAAUUUUUUAUAUAAGCAUUUGGUGCAUAUAUAUAUAUAUAUAUGGUGCAUAAUUAUCCAAUGUAUUAAUUAUACCGCUGGGGGUCAGCUGAUUGAGGAUACAAGUAAAAGACAUGGAUGGUUUGGAAACAGAAAUGUCUGCUGCUAAUGUUGAUUCAAACAAAGAUACUGUGAAUGUAAUGGUUAAUGACAAAAACUGAUAGAUUUGAUCAGAUGCUCCUCUCUGGAAUGUACCAGUUCCAGAUUAUUUUCGGUCUGAAAUUAUUAAAAUAUGGAGCACCUCGUUUCAGAACAAGGACGGACUAAUCAGCGUAGUCACAAGGCAGGGUGCGAAUCUAAAGGAUGUGCUCUCCAAUUAACAAAACAAUGGAUCUACUGGAUGAUAAGAUAAGAUUCUUUUAUUGAUCCAAAUAAAUGGAAAUGAUGCCAAAUGGCGAGAAAAUACUGCGGUCGUGGAUGGUUUAUUCACAUGUCAGUCAGAAAUUGUAUUUUGUUUUUGCUGCAGAUUGUUUGCUGUUAAUGUUACAGAAACAACAUCCAAAUUGUUACUGGCUUUGAUAAAUGGUGGAAACUCAGCCCAAAUAUUACAAAAUCAUGAAGCAUCGGAAGAGCACCCAUGUUGCCUUGAAAAGUGGAAAGCAUUGGCAGCAGAACUUAGGAUACACAAACCAAAUGAUGCUGAAAGUAUAGCUGUGAUGGACGGGGAGAAGAAAAAGUGGAGGGAUAUCCUGCACAGGUUGCUGGGUGUCACAUUGUUUCUUGCAAAGCAAAAUCUGGUAUUUCGUUGCCACAACGAAGACGAAUCUUCACAUGAAACUUUCUUGAAAUGGUUGAGAUUAGCCAGUGCUAAAAGAGAACCAAAUGAGACUAAGGAGGAGUACGUAUACAGAAAAAGCAUCCGCAUAUUACCUUUCACCAGAAACCCAAAAUGAAUUUAUAAAUGUCCUUGCAAAUCAUGCGAAGAAGAUCUUAUCAUGGACGUAAAGGUUGCGAGGUAUUUUGGAAUUAUGUUCGAAAUUACACCUGUUAUAUCACACACUAACCAGAUGUCUGAAGGGAUCAAAUAGCCUAUGUGGAAAUCCACAAUGGGAAAGUGAAGUGAGAGAAGUGUUUCUUGGAUUUUUCCCGUUAAGGGGGGGGGGGGAAGCUGCUGAUCUCACUUCUGAUAUUCUUACAAAUCUAAAAACGUGAUGAACUAGACAUAAUGAUGUUCAGAGCUCAAGGUUACGAUAAUGCUGCAAAUAUGUCUGGAAUCCAUUGGAGGUGUUUAUGCCAUUCUAAAAGGAAUAAUAAGACAAUAAAAAUAAUGGAUGUUUGGGCCAUUCGCUUUACUCGUGUAGUCAACACUCUUUUGCAGAAAAUGCUUCAUGUAUUACAUGUUUCGGUACUCUUGAAAGAAUAUUUUCCUUCUUUGCUGCAUCCGCUCAUCGAUGUUACAGUAUGAAGUUGAAUAUAAGCUCAUGCCAAAUGAUUACCCCGGGGCACGCCAUAACCGUUAUAAAUUCAGUUUAUGUACGCACUGGGCAACAUAAUGCCUUUCCCAGACCAUUAAAAACGUCCUUUUUCUCGAUUAAAAAGUCUAAUUGAAAUACUGAAUUCAUCUAAAAUCCAAAAUGCACCUCUUGAUUUAGAAAUAAUAAUAAUAAAAAAAUUAUCCACCGCUCAAGAUUCAUCGGCGCCCUCGAUUUAUGCCCUACUUUUCGAUAAAAAUCAUCGUCGAUUUAGGUGCUGAUAGAUACACUGCCUGGUGGCAUAGCUACUAUUAAUGCCGCCCCGGGUGGCGAAAGAUUUUUGCCACUAUCCCUUUCAUGAUAGAAAUUUUGAAGUUGUCCGAAAAUCCACUCCCCCCAUAUACAGAAAAAGUGACACUUGUGUGGAUCACCCCACCUGCCCCCUUUCUUUUCUACUGGCAGGGGCGUAGCUAGAGUGUUUGACGUCAGGGGACGAGAUUCAUUUAAAUUUUGAAGUUGUCCGAAAAUCCCCCCCCCCCCUAUACAGAAAAAGUGACACUUGUGUGGAUCACCCCACCUGCCCCCUUUCUUUUCUACUGGCAGGGGCGUAGCUAGAGUGUUUGACGUCAGGGGACGAGAUUCAUUUUAACGCCCCCCCCCCCUUUCCCCCCAUCUUUCUCAACGCUGAAGCCAAUUAUUUUCAACCAUUGUUAAAUAUCACAUCACAAAGGCUCAUUUUAGCGCCCAGGCUAGUCUGGUGGCCGGGAACGUCUAUCACUCCAAUCUACCAGCCCUUAACUACGCCUCUGGCGACUGGCACUGCCCCCCCCAAUAAUUAAAAUUAAAAUCCCCCCACCCACACCUGAGGAAAUUGUCUGAAAGAAGCACUGAAAGGGAGUGAAACAUUAUAUUAAUGUAGUUCAGUGGCGUGAAAAAGCGUAGAAAGUUGACCUGGAGGGGAGGGGGAUUCUUAUAAAGUGCAUUACUUGAAUGCAUGUUUUGUCAAGAAACUUUUAGUAAAUGGUACGUUCGCGCAUUGUGGCUGCCAUUGUUUAAACCCUUAUUGAUAUGAUCAAACGACACCUUUGCAUUUACAUCCAAGUCUAAGAUUUACAAUGUGGCCCAGCGCCGUGCAUGUGCACAAGUGAUUGACCAGUAAAUCGGUGAGAAACGCCCGCAGAUUUGAACAAUGGAUGAUGCACACGACGUCAGUGUCACUAUUGAGGGAACGUCCAUGGAUGAUGAAAGCAGCACGGACAAUGCAUUCAGUGCAGAAACAGGACGCGCAUCGGUUCACCCCCCUAAGCAAGCAUCAGCAGAACAGAAAGUAAAAAAGGGAAAGGAAACAACUCUGGACGCUGAGGUAUUUUUUUCUUAUUCAAAUGUUGUCCAACUGCCAACUGGUGGGUAAUCAAAAUACAAUAAACUUGAUACAUGAUACACGGUUAUAUCUUCUUUCAAUUUGCAGCUUUCUGCUAAGCCCUAUAAUUAAGUUUAAUAGGUGUUCACAAUAAAAUGGUAGAGGGAUAUUUAAAAAAAAUCGAUCAAGUUCCAUUUAAAAAAUGGAUCAAUUUCCAUCUUCACCUAGAGGAUAGCUGACAGGAGCUAAUGACACCCCCUUCCCCACCCCAACCCCCGAUACAAAAAAAAAUAAAUCAUUUUCAGAUAUCAGUAAAUAAAUAAUAAUUUUCAUGUAGGUUUAUGUUAAAAAGAACUUUUUAUGCAGGUUGGGUAGGUUUAGAUAAUAGUCUAUAUAAGGUUUUAAGUAUUUACAAAUUUCAUAAGUGUGACGUUAAUGAUUUAUUGACAUUGUAACCUCCUUAAAUAACCUCAGUGGUCCCAAAAUUCUGUAACGCUAUUAAUUUUAAAAUACUUAAUUUUUAUUUUAUUCAUUCAUAUCUCAUUCACAGGCUCUCUUAUUGGCUGCAACUCUUGUUCUUGAUGCAAAAGUUGGCCGUAACUUAGAUUACAUUCUGGGUGAAAAAUAUGUCAAGUAAAUCUAACAUCUAAUUACAAACACAUUCAAAGACAGUUAAAAAUUUUAAAGUAAAUGUUGCUUAAAUCAGUGCUUCACACACUUUUAUGUUUUCCCCCAUACAUAUGAUAUUUAUUUAUUUUGAAAGAGGGUAUAGAAAUGAAAUUUAUACUCCCAUAGUUGUCUUAAAGAAGUUUAAAUUUUUUGUGUGUGUGCUUCAGAUCAUAUCUUUGGUACAAUUCAGCUUAUCUCCGCUGGGCAUUGUAUUUCUGCAUUGCCUUUAAUCUGUCUCUGGCCAUUUUUGAGGAACCUGCAGUACCUAAUGCAGCAAUCCCAUAUUGGGUAAGGAAAAUCUUAAUAUUUUCUUACUUUAUAGUACAAAAUGGGCUAGUUCUUAAAGCUUGCUUAAAGUUCUUUAAUUAGCAAUGAGGAACAAGAUGAAACUAUUUUAUUAAAAAAACAACAUACCAGUUACAAGGUAAUGAAGUAGUGAGGAAUUAGGCAAACAAUAAUUUACUCUUUAACUCUGAUCUAGGUAGACAGGACCAGCCUUCCUUAUAAAUUGGCCAUUUUUAAUUAUGAUCUAUUAUUUAAUUUUAAUACAUAAAUAUGUUAAGUUCAUUUAAUUUUUUUUUUUUUAAAGAAAGAAAUGUAAAAAACAGAGCUACAGAGUCAGAAAUUAAUAUUUAAAGUUCAAUUUGCAAUAUUUGCAUACCACACAACAUUUAACAAUAUUUGACAUUUGUCAUUAAAGAGAAAACAACUGAACAUGACAUUCAAAAAAUCCAUUUUCUAAAUUAAACUAGGAGUCUGUCAAAUAACCUCCCUUUCAGACUUCACCUCAAAGCACAACUUCAAUUUCACUUGUUUUAUUAUUAUAAUUUUUCCUAAUUAUAUUUGGUAAACCCAAAAGGUUAUAAUUUCGUUUUGCAAUCAUUUCAGGGUACAAUGAUCAUGGAAUUUUUUUGUCUAAGUUAUUUCACUUUUCGACUUCUUCAUGCCUUUUAUUUCCAAUAUUCAAAAGUCUUCAUUAAAGAUGCCAAAAAUAUUGUCGUCUUGAUGGUUAUAUUGGUAAGCAUUAUUUAUUUUGAUGCAAUGUCUGAGGAGUCUUAAAACUAUCAAUUAAUUUUACUGCUUAAAAAUGAAAGAAGACGGGUUUGCACUACAAAUUAUAUAUAUUUUUUUAAAAAUUGUAAAUGAAUUAUCUAUUAAAAAAUUGAUAGUUCCAUAUUAUAUUUGUUUGUUGGAUUUCUUCUGAACAAAAAUUAAUUUGAUUUGAUUUUUUCAAUUUAGAUACAGUACAAAAUGUGAAAAAAAAAAAGCAAUUUGUGAUUUUUUCUUAAAAUUAAAAGUGAAUAAAUAAUCAACCAGGAAUGUUUCAUCUCAUCCUAAGCUUACAAUAUUGGAUAUGAUUUGUUACAUCAUCUGGAUUAAUGUAGCACCUGAUACCCACCCUGUCAGAUGGUCAAGACCCCUUAGACCUUUGUUCAUUAUCAACUUUCCUGAUGGGAAACAGGUUUGUUAUUUUUUAAACAGGAUAUAUUUUUAUAUUUCCUUUGUUCUUGGCAAUUUUAGUUGUCAUUUCUGGUUUCAGUACAUCAGUACAUCUGCCUGUAGCCUAGCAAAUAUAUUUAUCAGUGGUCAGUUGUGUAUAUUCAUACUUGAUUUCAGAGAGGACAUGUGAUCAGCCUAUCCCUUUCAUAGUUUUUAUUAUCCAUUUAGAUCAAACACAAAAGUUUAAAAAAUUACAUAAAGUAGCAUCGAUUAUGCAUGAUCUGAUUACAAAAGUAAUGGGUUAAUAUAGAGUGGGGGAGGAGGAGGAAUGGGUAUUUAGACAGUGGAAAUAUGAUAUUUCUGUUGUCUAAUUAAAUAUAGAUUGUUGAUUGGCUGUCAUAAAUGGUAUACAUAUAUAGUUAUGUAGGCCUAUAAAUGUAUGCAUAAAUAUAAAUAAAUAUAUUUAUUUACAUAUUUAAUUAAUGUAAAGAAAUAGAUGCAAACCAAAACCAAAUUUAACUUUUAUUACCUAAAUCCUAUGAUUGGUGCAUCUUACAUAUUUACUAAUUUAAAUAAACCAAUCAAUUGAAUGUGACCUUAUAUCAUGGAAUAUUUUAAAUGACACUUCAUGAUGAAUCUACUUUUAAUCUCUAUUAUUUCCUUUUAGAUUCGCAGAGCUUUUAGAAAUAUCAGACGGACAGUGCCUGAUAUAAUGAACGUUCUUUUCCUAUUUCUGUUGAGUAUCCUGCUGUUUGGUCUACUGGCACUAAAGCUGUUUUAUAAAAGGCUAGUUGGUCAUUAUUUUGUUCAUGACAAUUUUGAGUAUUAUUUUUUAAGGAGAAUAAAUGGAAGAAAGGACUACAUUUAAUACAAAAUCAAUUUGAAAAUAGAGUGAGGUCUUGCUCUAUACAUCUUUUUAUUGUUAAUUAUUAAUUUGUCUUGAUUUUGGGAUGAAAUAAAUAAUUUAUUUUUUCUUCUGUCUUUGCUGCAGUUCAGUGAAACAGGUGAGAAAUUAAUCGCCUAUCAUAAGGUAAUUUGAAUGUCUUUUUCUUUGGAAUGUUCAUAUCAUAUCAUAUCAUAUUUUAACACAGGGAAAUAACCUACCCCUCGGGACAGCCUUAUUUCAGAAACUACUUUGAUUGUAUUUGGGAUCUUUAUGUCUUGGUGACUACUGCUAACAACCCUGAUGUCAUGUGAGUCCUAAUGUAACUUGUUAAAUAUUACCAACAACUACAAGUGAAUAAACAAACAAAAUAUUCAUUUGUUCCUUUAAGGAAUGGUUUAUGAUUAUUUUGUUAAUUUAUUACUGUUAAUUUUAUGUUCCCAGAUUUUUCAAUAAAAGGUUCAAGGCAGUAUAUAACUAAAACUUUUAAAUAGAUGAAUAAAUAACUUAUUAUGAUUUUUUAUAUGAAUGAAGCAUUGUAGAAGCUUUAAAGCUAUUACAAUUGCAAUUACUGGAGAUAAUUUACAAUAUAAUUAAGCAAUUUCCCUAAGAGAUUGCCUAAUGAACUUUGCACAAUCAAAUAAAGAAGGGAGCUUGUUGAAGCAAUGCCUUGAACUUCCUCAGAAUUUAUUUUCUUGAACUCAAACUUGGUAUAACUUUUAAAAAUGAAGUUCUAUCUUACACAGGAUGCCUGCUUAUGACAAAAGUAAUUGGUUUGCACUGUUCUUUGUCAUUUACCUGAUUAUCUGUCUGUACAUCUUCAUGAGCAUUGUGCUGGCUACAAUAUACAACAACUACAAGAAAAAUCUCAAGGUGGAAAUCUUUUUUAAAUUUUAUACAUAUAAGAUGACAUGCAUAAGAAAAACGUAAAUGUCUGAAACAUCAAAUAUACUUACUUAAAAAAAAUUAUUCAUCCUUGAGAAUGUAAAAUUACUUUAAAGAAAGUUCUUAUUAUACCAUUAUUAUUGUACCUAUCUUAGAAAUCAGUGAAUAAAUAAAACUAUGUUACUGAAAACAAUGAUUUCUAGACAAAUAAUGGAUGACCACCUAUCAUCAUAAAAUUAUGUAUAUGAAUGAUCUCUCAUAACAAUUCAAAAUAUAGUUUGAUAUAUUUAUGUAGGUUUAUAAUUUCUGUUUGCUAAUCUCUGAUCAGAAUGAAAUAAAAGCUGCUGUAUUCCUGAAGCGUCAGAGACUAGCAAAGGCUUUUGAUUUGCUGAAAGUAAAACGAGGCAAUGAGGAAGUGUUAACAUAUUCAACCUGGAAGCAACUUGUAAAGUUCAUUUUACCCGGAAAGUCAGAUGUGCACACAGAUCUUCUCAUGAAAAUCCUUGAUCAAGAUAACUCCAAUGUGUUAAGUAAGCAAAAUUAGAUACAAGUAUAAAGUAAAUCAGGCUUUUCAAACAACAGUUUGCACUUGGCAGGGCACAGCAUUUCUUACAUGCAUUGCUAAAAGUGUCAUUAUGCUUUAGUAUGGAAAUGUGCAAGAAGAUAAUAUUAUUUUAUAGAUCAAAUAAAUGAAAAGUUUCGUAUUACAUUUUACACCUUCAUUUUCAGCACAUAAAUAAUUACAUAUUUUAACCAAGAAAAUAUUUUACAAUUAGAGCAAUUUCAACACAAGACAUCCUUGUUCUCAAUACCAUUGAAAAGGAAAGAUUUUUUAGCAAAUUCAGAACAAGGUUUAAUUUUUUGUGAAUGAUGUGUGAUAUUUAGACAGUCUACUAAAUUUAAACUUAAAUGGCGGAAAUUCAACUUUUUAGUAAAAUUAACAGUACCUAUGAGCAACUACAUAACAAAAAAUUACAUAAAAUAUUGUCCUCAGUGUAUAAAAAUUUUUGAUUGGAUUCAAGCUUAAAAUUGUACAUCUUAUUAGUUUUUCAGUUUAAAAAAGUAUGAUUUAAAGCGGAGGAACAUUUGGUAGCCAGAUUGAUGCAUCUGAUAAUCAAUUUCAACAUUUUAAAAAAAAAUUAGUAAUUCAAUAAGACUCUAAGCAUAUAUAAGAAUCUAUUAUAGGUGAUUUUGUGAAUAAUAAUUAUUUCAAUUCUUAGGAUUCAUCAGAGUUAUCCUAUCAUAAGUUAUACAUUUAUUGAUAAUUUUAUUAAUUUUUUUGUUAUUACUCUUUACAUAUACCACUAACAGCUUGCUUUAAAAUCAACAGAUAAGAAAAGUUUCCUCAAUCUGUCUGAUCUUCUUCAUGUUAAACUUACGGAGGUGAAAGAUCGUCAGACACUACUGGAGAAAUAUUUUCCCUCUGUGUACAACCAUUAUGUUAGCGAACGUUUCAAAUUAAUUGUCAGACACAGGUAACAUUUUGUCAGUGAACAUUAAAUACCAUCUGUAUAAAUCUAUGAAUAAUUUAAAAUGGACUCAUUUAAAUAACCUUUUUAAAAAUAAUUAUUUGGCCAGCAAUUGUCCUUUUCUAAAAAACAAUUAAAAAGUUAAAACCUGUUUUUUCUCUUAACAUUUAUUGCUACUUAAAAUAUUAUUGUAAGUAUCUUUUUUAAUUGAGUAUUAUUAGUAUUAAUAAUCUAUAUAUGUAUUUAAAUCAACAGUUUUUCCUUUUGAUUUCAGGUUUUUCAGAUAUUUCUUUGACUUGCUCAUUCUGCUUAAUGCCGUUUUUAUUGCAAUAGAUUAUGAUUUAGCUGACUGGUUUUUCUUAUCAAUUUUUACCUUUGAAAUUCUUUGUAAGCUCUAUGUAUUGGGAGGAAAAGAAUUUUUAUUACGUUUUUGGAAUAUGUGAGUUAAAUUUUUGAAUUUUUACUUAUCACUACUUCAUCAUACAAAUAUUUUUUUAAAUAGCUUUUUUGCAUGCCAUGUUUCUAAAACUAAAUGAGCUCUGUACAAGAGAUAGUAGUAAGUUAAAAUUUUUUGUUAACUAUGUUAGUAUUAUUUAUGUUUAGGUGAUUCUUGCAUAAUUUUUAAAUAUUGACUUGAUAAUUUAAAACAACAAUGAUGAAGAAACCUAACAUGUAACAACUAUUAUUCAGUUCAUUAUGGUAUUAAAUAUUAAUUAAAAUUUAAAAAAUGGAAACAUUUUUGCAUUGUUUUCAAUUUUAAAAUUGAAAUCCCUUUUUCUGUAGUAGCUUCAAAAAUAAAUUGUAACACAUGCUAUUUAAAAAAAAAAAAACAGAUUUGAUGUGUUUGUCAUUGGUGCUGCUUUCAUUGCCACUAUAGUGGAGAAGGCUUUGGGAAGCAGUAAGUACAAUGAUGAGUCAAUGUGUAUUAAAUAGCUCAGCCCAUGGAUAUCAGGUCCUCACAUUAAAAAUGUUAAUUAUUUGAAAAAAAAUUUUUCACAGCUUAUAUUUUAUAGUAAAAUUUGAUAAUUUAAGUGAUUUUUGUGUGCUUCUUUGUAUGUUUUUAAAUGCAUGAUAAUUCUAGGUAUACUACUUGAGAGGGGUACACAUGCAAAAAUGAAUAGCUCUUUACAAUUCAUUACUAUGAAUUAAAAAAAAAAAAUUUUCAUUUGGUUAUAUUCAUGUUUUAAAAUUGUGAUGAGCUAAUAACGGUUAUAAAUGCUCCCUUUUGUUAAACUUUAAGAAAUAUUAUUGUUUUAUUUAAUGGCAAUAGUCACAUAUUUUUAAAAUGGUAACAAUUAUUAAAAUAGUUACAUUAUUUUUAUGCUUCAUGUGUGUUUCCCACUUAAGAUAGUGAUUCUAAACUAUAUGUAUAUAUUCUACUUCAUACUACAGAUUUUUAAAACCUAUUAUAAGAAUCUUGUAAAAUUCAAAUAAGAUACAAAAUCAAAUGAGUUCAAUAUAUUUCCAUUUAAUCCUUAGCUAACAAGGAACUUAAUACGCUGGACAUUUUACUAGUUCUUAGAGUAAUGAGAUUGAUAAAGAUAUUUGGCAGCAUCAAACGGUUUGUGACCUUUUUAUUUAUUUUAUUUUGAAUUAACAUAAUUUGAAUAUAUUUGGGUCUCUUUCAGAUGUUUAAUAUUAGUUUAGCCUAUAUGAUAUAUGAGAAUGAUAAAAGAGAAUACAUUCAUAAUCAAUGUUAAUUUUAUUAGUAGUUUUCACCAAUGGUUUGUCAUUAAUAAAAGAUUGGAAAUUCUUAAUUUAAUAAACUUAAUUGUCUCGUUAUAGAUUCAAAGUCAUUCUCUUGACACUUGUUAACAUUGGGCCAUCCAUUAUUACAUAUGGAGGUGUUAUCUUUGUAAGUUGUGGACUUUUGUGUUUCAUAUUUUUUUUUAUUUAUUGAAGAAUAAUUUUAUUCUAUACAUACAGUGAUAAUUACUCAAUUAAAAAAAUUAAGAAAUAGUUCUUUUAAAAUUUUGCUUCAAGUAAAUCUUGUUAGAAUUAUACUUGACAUUUGCAAAAAAAAAGUGAUAAACUGAACAAGUUUAUCAUCUGUCCAUGAUCUAAAAUGAUUAAAUUCAGCUGCAACAAUUGAUAUGCAUAUAUUUGAAUCCACAGGUUUUCUAUUACUUUUUUGCUAUCAUUGGAAUGGAGAUAUUUGCUGGCUACAUCAGUUACUAUGGCUAUACAGUUCAAGAUAGUUCCAAGCUUUUUUGUGGAAAUCUUAAUCUGAACAACACAGCAUUCUAUCAUGAACAUUAUUGUAACAACAACUUCAAUGAUAUUCUCAAGGCAAUGGUGGUUAUGUUUGAGCUGACUGUAGUCAACCAAUGGCAUGAUAUCCUUUUUAAUUAAAGAUUAUAAUUUUUUUUUUUUUAAACACUGUUUUCCUUUUCCUUGAUAUUAUUUAGAUAUAAAUUAUCAUUAAAUGUUUAAAAGAGGUUUUAAGUCUCAUAAACUUUAUGACCAUGCAUUUACUUAAUACUAACACAAAUUUCAAGUUUUGGAAUGGUAAGAAAGUUACUUCAAUGUUAAAAAUAAAUAAUAGUUCUGAAUUUAUUUUAAAAAUUAUCCAUGAUUAAAAACAAAUUUGUCUGUGUCCAUUUAUUAACUCCCCCUACAUUUUAUCUUUCACUAUGUCCUAUUUUGUGUGCCUGCAUUAAACUUUUCGUUGUGUUUUUUUUCAUUUUUCUCAGAUGAUGGAUAAGUAAGCUUUCUGUUCCACCUACAUGAUAUAUGAACUAAUUUUUUAAUAUUUCAGAUUUUUGCCAUGUAACAUGAUCCUUAACUCUCACACUUAUAACAUCUGGUUUUGUCGCUGUUACCAGCCAGGUGGCACGACUUUACUUUUUUGCCUUCCACAUUUGUUGCGUAGUGAUUGUGCUAAAGUAAGUGUUAGUUCUUGACAUAUUAUAAAAGCAGUGGCUGUAUGGGGUGGCCAUGUACUUUUUUUAUAUUUUUUUAUAGCCUUUGUAAAACUUGAUUUAACAUACUAAAAUUAAACAACCCCUAAAAACAAAGUUUUUCGUAUAAUUCCUGUAUAAAAUGUAAUAUUGAGCAAGGGGUGGGUGGGGAGUUGGGGGGCUGAAAAUUUUACAAAAUGUAUACAAGUAAUGAACUGUACAAAAUCCUAAUUAGUGCUCCUCCCCUCAAGGCUCGCAAUUGCACAUUUUAACUAUAUUAAUAUUCUAAUGACCCACCCACCUUUACACCGCAGAUUUAUUUCACCAACAAUUUUAGAAAAACAAAAUUCACUUGCAAUAUUUUAAAAACAAGAAUCUCAGUUAGCGCAGUUAUUUGGAAAUAAUUUUAUUUUAUCUUCCUCUUGAAAAACAGGAAAAUUGAUUCUUGGGGGUGGGGCCUAAAAUUUGAAAGAAUGUGUUGUCAUCAGCAAUGAGUCUAUGUGCCAAGUUUCAGCUCAAUAGCUUGAUGGGAAGUGGGUCAAUUGGCUGGCCAAAGAUUUUGCCAGCCAACCACGAACAAAAGUGAAGAAAUGCAAAGGAUUUAAAAAUAAAAGCACUCAAUCAUGUUUGAAUGAGAUUUUUAAAAAAGUAAUCAAGAAAAAGGCAAUAUUUUGAUUUUCAUUGUAAAAUUUUAUGAAAUUAUGAAAUAAUCUUUCAACAAGCCCAAUUUAGUAAAAUCAUAAUUUUUGGGCUUUACAUAUUUACAGUAAGGUCGCUGUUCCCAUUUUGUUUCCAUUUUAAUGCUUUAUUGAAAAAGAAUAAGUUGUCAAUAAUCAAACAAUAUUUCUUUCUCAGCAUCUUUACAGCCUUUAUUCUUGAAGCCUUUAUUUUGGAAUACACAUUGCAGACUGUUCCACGCCUAGAGUCUGUAGUAGAAUCUAAAAUUAAGGAAUUGGGUCUCGGUAUCGGCAUGUAAGUAUAUCUAACUCGGGCAAUUCAUAAGCAGAGCUAAAAAAUUAUUAAAACUUUGUAAUUUCUGAAAUGACUUCUUACAGGUCUAUUUUUGUAAGAUGCAUAGAAAAUUGAAUGAGACUAAGAACUUUUGGAUCCCUCUUUUAUAUUUUUAAUUGUUUAUGUUUAAAUUUAAAUUUUAGGAAACCAAAAACUCACUCCAUUCAAGGUCCAUCUGGUGACAAAAUUGACCUGAUGGAAGGAGAAGUUCUACCAGACAUGGAUGAACUUGAUGGAAACAAGGAAGAUGAAGAAAACUCUGAUGAUGAGAAUUUACCAGAUUUGUCAAAAGAGAAAGGCCUAAAAUUUCAUUUGAGGAAAAACAGUAAAUUUGUUUUUGUUUUCAUUUUUUCUUGUUCAUUGCAUUAGAGAAUAGACAAAAUAGGACUAUAUGGAAUUUCAUCAUAAUUCAUUAGGACUUAAAUCUUUCAGCCUGUGCAAACAAAGGCAAGUUAAAUUCCAUAUUUUAUUUUCACAGAUGUAGCUUACUGUAUAAGUGGCCAUCCAUAAAUGAUGUCACAUUCAUUUAGCAGUUUUUUUAACCCCCUUCAAAUCAUCACACAAUUUAGACACCCUUAUAACGCAUGACUAAUUUGUGGAUCCCCCUUCCCCUUAGAUGCGUAAUGCAUUUAUGUAUGGCCCCUAAGACUACAGCUAUUUUUGAGUAGAAUGAUUUUUUAAAAAUCUCAUGCCGAAUUGGCUGCUGUCUUCCAACUUCAGUGGAUGUAUCUUUACUCCUAGUUUACUCCCCAAUGAAUCUAUCCACUUACUAUUUAUUUUAUUAUUUAAAUGGUAGAAAUCCCCAGGUUACAUAUUUAACUUAAUUUUACCAGGAGCAUUAGCAGCCACAUAUAAUGUUUUAGCUCUACUUGUGUUGUUACAAUCUAAAAAUACUUUUACACUCAUGAGGAAAAAGAAAACUAAAUAUUUUACAUCUAACAGCAUGAAUAAUUCACUAACUUGUCUCCACCAGAUCGUAAGAAAGUUGAAGUUUUGCUACAGCAGAUGUUUCAAGGUGAACUUGGUGAUGAGGAGGAGGGACCAAAAUCAUUUUCUGAUGUUGAAAACUACCAGAGAUCAAGGAAACUUACUUUGGAGGAGUUGACAUAAGCUGCAUCUUAAGAAAAUUAGGAAUUAAAAUUUUUGUACUUUUUAUGAAGAAAAUCUGCACAAAAAUGUAAUCAUGCUAUCCAAAAAUUGAAAGGUUUAAUACCAGUUUGACCUGUUAGUUAAUUCACUUCAGUGAAAAAUCAUUUUAAUUGAAUCACUGCCAAUAAAUUAAUAAUCAAUUUUUCUAAAUUCAGAGCUUUUUGUUUUAUUACACUUGGGUUUAUGCUAAUCAAGGUGUGAAAUAUGUUUGCAUAGAAAAAUAAUAAUUUUUAAAGAAUAUUAAUAUUCUAUUAAACUGCAAGAACAGCAUGACUUGAUAUUUGAGAUGCCAGCAAUUGUUCUUAUAAGUUUUAUUUUCAUAAUCAUAAUGGUGAAAGUGUUUUGAGAAAACGUAUUAUUAGAGUUGAAACAAGUUACAAUGUAUUGAUAUUUUUUUUUAAUGUUAAAUUUCAUUGCUAAAAACAUGAUUUUGUUAAUUACAUUUUAUUCAAAUUCUCUCUGACCUUACAAAUAAAAAAAAAUGUAACUACAUAAAAUGAACAUCAUCAGACUAUCAAUUUUAUGUAUACUUAAAUUUUUAAUUAUUAUUUUAAUUAUUCACCUACAGAUACACUUUUUGUCUCUGUUCAAUUGGUGUAGACAGACAAUUUUUUGAUCCCAUUCCAAGUUUGCUGCUGUUUUUCAACUUUGUUGGUUCAGGUUCUUUAACUCUCAGAUCACCUCCUCUCCAAGUUUAGCUCCCUUGCUAUGCCAAUGAGUCCACCCAGCUGUUUGUUCAUAACAUCUUGUCAUUUUAAAAAAAUCAUUUAAUUUUAAUAAAGGAUCUAUUUGAAACAUUAAUAUUAUGUAUCCUAAUGCAUUGUGGUAGUCUCCACAUUGAGUCAGUGCUGGAUGAGCCAGAGAUCAGUACCUACACUUUUGAUUUGGUUUUAUGAUUAUAAUCAAUAAAAUUUAUUUUAAGUUACUUAUUCAUGUUACAUGGUAAUAACAAAUAUGAUAAAAAUCAUAUAUUGAAUUUUUAUAAAUUUCUGUACAUAAGUCACUAUAUUAUAUUUCCUCUUAUUUUUAAAGGCGAGGAAGAAAUAUUUUGAGAAUAUGUUGUACAAUGUAUUUAAAAUUUCAUAUCUAUUAAAAAAUGAAUUAAAUCUUUUUUUUUUCUUUUUUUU